AUGGAUCUGACGGGGGCGCUGCCGGACGAGGUGUGGGAGGGCCUGUUCGGUUGGCUCGACACGGGGCGCGACUUCGAUGCCGGUGUUGGUGACGUCGACUUCGAUGAAACAACAACUCAACCACCACACACGCCCGACGGCGACGAGGUCCAGAUCGACGACAGCGGCGCCGUCCAGGGCGCAUGCUCGCUGGAGGGCCUUCUCCGCUUCUUCUUCAGCGAGCCCACCAUCCAGAACGCGAAAGCGUGGAUGCGGUGGGCCGAGGUGGACGUGUGGCUGUACAACUACGCCACCACCUUCUCGCACGACCAGUUCCUUCUUGCGUUGAGGUGGGGUCCACAGUGCGCCGACUACUGGUUGCUGUGGCGGCGCACGCUGCCGCGGAGCAGGGUGGUCGGCGUGCUGGCCAAGUGGGUCAACCUGUGUCCGGCCCUGCUGGGCCUCGCCGAGCCCUUGGAAGCCCUCGAGCAGCACCUGCGCGCCGAGGCCGGCCUCCAGCCCGAUGACCUCACACUGCUGCUGGACGUCGUUUGCGCGCAAGCCAAGAAAACGAAAACGAGAGCGAAGAAGAACGGACCAGCAACGAAAACGACGCGCGUGGCGAUGACCAACAGCGCCAGGAAGCCGAACGCCAGACAGACGAUUACGACGGAGAAGAGAAACCAACGAGCCGCGGAGAAAAGGGCAGCGAGUGUCGGCAAACGCAAUAAGAAUGAAGCGGAUGAAGUGGAUGAGGACGGCAAUAGGUCAGUGCUGGUGCGCGACUUCCUCGCGGCUCACCCGCACGACAUUGCCGUGGCUCUGACGGCGCGCCACUGGGCGAUCUUCGGCCCGAUCCCACUGCUCGACCUCGUGGGCACGUCGAGCUGUGUCGAGGCCGAAGUACCGGCCAUCAAGCAAUUAGGCGAAGAAUCCUCUCAGUUGAGGCAAGCGGUCACGGUGACCCUCGCAUCGCUGGCCAGGGCCAAGCUCAAGGCGCGGGUGUUCAAGAAGUGGGUCAAGGUGGCUUGGAAGCUGCGGCUGCUCAACAAUUUUGAGUUCAUGCUAGACGUCAUGGAUGCGCUUCAGUCCACCCAUUUGGAAAAGGCCCAGCCUGAUUGGGAGUCGGCGCAGCAUACACGCGGCGUUGCGCCUGAGUACCGGGAGGCAUUGGCCCAAGCGCGGCCUCCCUGCAUUCCCUUCCUGAACCUGGAUAAUGGUGGCCAAGUCAUGGGCGUGCAGGCCAGGACGCAUCAAGACCGGGUCGCCCCCUGCGGCCAAUGA